CACAACGAUCUCAAUCUCCCUAGCAGCAGAUCCUCGUGCAACGCAAAGCGCUAGCCUUCCUACUGUCCCGAUGGCCCGCACGAAGCAGACGGCGAGGAAGUCCACUGGCGGCAAGGCGCCAAGGAAGCAGCUGGCCACCAAGGCGGCGCGCAAGUCUGCCCCGGCGACCGGCGGAGUGAAGAAGCCCCACCGUUUCCGCCCCGGCACCGUCGCGCUCCGGGAGAUCCGCAAGUACCAGAAGAGCACGGAGCUGCUGAUCCGCAAGCUGCCGUUCCAGCGCCUGGUGCGUGAGAUCGCCCAGGACUUCAAGACCGACCUUCGCUUCCAGAGCUCCGCCGUCGCCGCGCUGCAGGAGGCGUCCGAGGCCUACCUCGUCGGUCUCUUCGAGGACACCAACCUCUGCGCCAUUCACGCCAAGCGCGUCACCAUCAUGCCCAAGGACAUCCAGCUCGCCCGCCGUAUCCGUGUGGAGAGGGCCUAGGCGUCGUGGCGGUGGAGGUCGAAGUAGUAGUCGCAGUUUCUGUCAUCACCGUCUGGCUAGAAGGUGUAGAGAUGUGCCGGGUUCUGGAGUUUGGGUUAUCGGUCGAAUCAUGAUGUAGUUGGUUCUUCACAGCUGUAAUUUAACUAUGACGAUGCCAUGGCAAUGAAGUUCUCAGCUAUGAGUUCCCG